AUGUCACCAAAGAAGUUAUCAGGAGCGGGGAAAGCUUCCGCAGCCAAGAAAGCUCCGGCAGCCAAGAAAGCUUCCGCAGUAAGGAAAGCUCCGGCAGCCAAGAAAGCUUCCGCAGUAAGGAAAGCUCCGGCAGCCAAGAAAGCUUCUGCAGCCAAGAAGGCUCCGGCAGCCAAUAAAGCUUCCGCAGCAAGGAAAGCCCUUUUUCCUGCUGUCAACAACACGGUGAAAAUAAUCCCUGCUAUGGGAGCAGCUCCAGCUGCGGCAACGGCGCCUCCCGCUGCUACGAACGUGGGUGGCAACUCGCUGACACCGGCCACCGAUAUAACCGGAGCCAAGGUUCAGCAGAUGCUGCGGAAGGACCGAGGUGUUGUGGACUCAUUCUCGGGUAAAGUGGACACAUGCCACGUGUACGAAAAAGGCAAUGAUGUGUACCAAUGCACACUGAACCAGACCCAUUUUUCUGCCAACAACAACAAGUACUUUAUUAUACAGCUCCUGGAGGAUGAUGCUGAGUCCAUUUAUCAUGUCUUCACACGGUGGGGUCGCGUGGGUUAUGGCGGACAGAACAAAACGGUGACUUUUUCUUCUCUUGGGCAAGCGUUGUAUUUAUUUGAGAAGACGUUUCGCCAGAAGACCGCGAACCAUUGGGGGUCGCGUGCGCGGUUUAAUGCCGUUAAGGGACGUUACGAAUUGAUGGACAUUGAUUAUGGAGCGGCGGAGGACGAGGCGGAAAAAUCUGGGGAAUCUUCGGCGGCACAGGGGGUGGCGAAGAAUCCGGUGAUCUCUGAGCUUCCAGGCGAAGUGCAGGGCCUCAUGAAGCUCAUUGGGUGCAAGGAGACGAUGAAAAGGUUGAUGGCGGAGUAUGCCAUCAACACGGAGAAGUUGCCGCUGGGGAAAAUCUCUCAGGCCCAAAUUACGCGCGCCUAUUCCCUCUUGAAGUCAUUGGAGGCGGAGAUAAAAAAGGCGAAUCCGCGGCUGGAGGAGCUGUCAGACCAAUUCUACACGCUGAUUCCACACGCGUUUGGUCGUUUGCGACCACCGCUCAUCAGUUCAGAGUCCAUGUUGCGGCAGAAGAUGGAGAUGCUGGAGGCGCUGGGCAAAUUGGAGGUUGCGGUGUCUAUUCUGAACGCCGAGGCACCGGAGGAGAUCCACCCGCUGGACAAACUUUACCGCCGACUGAACUGUGAGAUAACGCCCCUGUCCCGUGACGAGCCAGACUUCAGACGCAUUGUGGAGUACGCGAACAACACACAAGGCCCCACCCACAGGUUUCAAGUUGAGGUGAAGCAGGUGUUCACGGUGCGGCGCCAGGACGAGGACGAUCCAUAUGAAUCCUUCAAACGUCUCGGCAACCGGCAAAUGCUGUGGCAUGGCUCACGCAUCACAAAUUUCAUUGGGAUUCUCUCCCAGGGCCUGCGCAUCGCCCCACCGGAGGCCCCGUGCACAGGGUACAUGUUUGGUAAAGGGAUCUAUUUGGCGGAUGUUUGCACGAAGUCGGCGAACUACUGCUACCCGUCGGGGGACACCAAAACUGGUCUCAUGCUGCUGUGCGAGGCUGCGCUUGGGAAGCAGAUGGAGCUCACGGACUCGAAGUACAUGGAGAAUCCCAUGCCGGGAACAAACGCGACAAAAGGCGUCGGGAGUUACUUCCCGGAUCCGGCCGGCGCAGAAGUGGUGGAUGGUGUGCUGUGGCCAAAAGGCCGCGUGAGGAAAAGCAGAAUUUCCUCGUCGCUGUUAUACCCUGAACACAUCAUCUACAACGUUGGGCAGUGCAGAAUGAGGUGGUUGGUCCAUGUGGGGUUUAAAUAUCAUUAG